CUCGGCCGCUCCCCUCGCGUCCAGCUCGCGUCGAGCCUCCUCUCCACUCUUUUCCCUCCCGACCACCAUCCCCUCGACGACCAUGGCAUCCAUCUUCAGAGCGUACAACUCUGCUCUUAUUCGCCGGCCGUUGCUCACGCAGUGCGUGUCCGCGGCGACGCUCUUCGCGGCAGGCGAUGUGGUUGCGCAGCAGUGGAUAGAGGGGAAGGGGAAGGACCACGACUUGAUGAGGACAGCAAGGCUAGGAUUCUACGGAGGCGUCCUCUUCGGCCCCCCAAUCGCGAAGUGGUUUGACUUCCUCAACAAGAUCAAGUUCUCAAAUGCAACUGUCGGCGUGGUGGCGCGGACGGCCAUCGACCAAGGAUGCAUGUCACCGAUUGCCAUCACCUGGUUCUUCGGUUGGAUGAGCGCGCUUGAAGGCAAGCCGUCCGAGGCGACGGAGAAGUUGAAGUCGGCUUUCGUCCCGACGCUGCUUCGUAAUUGGGCGGUCUUCAUCCCGGUUCAAAUCCUCAACUUCUCUGUCGUCCCGCCACAGGGUCGCUUCGUGUUCGUCAGCGUGGUGAACUUGUUCUGGAACACCUACCUCAGCGCCGUGAACGCGAAGCAGAAGGCGCUGCUUGACCAGGAGCAGGGCAAGCUCGUCGACCAGGGCACACCCGCGAGCGUCGGGGAAAAGAAGGAGUUGUGAGCGUCGUAAGGCCUUCGCAAUGCCAGCGGCACAGGGCAUUUCGCGCCCCUCCCAUCCCUGAACCGAAGAAGACUCUCGAGAUUGGCAAACAUGACUCCAACUGGAGGUUGAAGCCAGGAUGCGCGCGCUGACCCGAGCAUCUCAUACCAUGACCGUGAAGAUAUCACAUCACCCGGCAAACAAACUAGACGAACAAGCACAUACUGUCCCAUUUGUUAGACUUCAUGUAUACAUAUUUACUCACGUAUAGAAGGCGGUACUGACGAAGACA